CGUUCCCGUUUCCAUUCCCGUUCCGUUUCGAACGGCCUCGCCAUCCUUUAUAUUCCACCGACGAUCGGACUGCCCGUGGCCUCCCGGACGCCAGAUCAAUACAAUUACCACAGUCUCGUUCGUGACGAGGGGCUUUGUUCAGAUCUAGGUUUACGGUCGGACUUCGAUCGCGGGACGCCUCGGCGUGGCCCCCGCCGGCGAUGCUCUCAUGGAAGGAAAAUGUGGCAGCAAAGCUCUCCCGGAUCCUCGCCGAUCUCCCUUCUUCCCUUCCUACUCGGCCUGGAGAUUACUCCCCCAUCGCUACGGAGGACAAGGCAAUGUCUUCCCAAGACUAUUCAUCUCAAGUUAUUCUGCCUUUCUCUUCAAAUUUUUUGCCUUCUUUGAACUCAACGAGUGGUGAUGCUGAUGCGAGUGUGCCAAAAUCACCUGCUCAUGCUCAUAGUGAAGGUUCAUUACCACAAAAAUCACUACCCAGAAAAUGGAGUGCAAAAUCGUUGCCAUGGAAAAAAAGACCCUCUAAUUUUGGUGAGGAAAAUGGAACAACUGAGUGCAGAGAAAUUCCCGAAAGUUCAAAGGAGGACAUGAACCAGUUCCCCAAUAGACCUAUUGAUCAUUGUUCCAUGUUUGUUGAAGCCUCAACUCGACAAGAUCCUAAUGAAUAUCUUUCUUAUCUUACCGAAAAGUCUACAUUUUUGUCUGCUAACCUUUUUGAUUUUUUUGGGUCGUGUUUGCCCAACAUUGUGAAAGGGUGUCAAUGGAUACUUUUGUAUAGCACAUGGAAACAUGGGAUAUCAUUUCAAACUCUUCUUCGUAAGAGUGCUGACCCUCCAGGUCCAUGCCUAUUAAUUGUUGGCGAUAUGCAAGGUGCUAUUUUUGGUGGACUUCUGAAUAGCCCUUUGAAGCCUACAUCUAAAAGGAAGUAUCAAGGCACAAGCGAAGCCUUUGUGUUCAGUACAAUUUAUGGGGAGCCAAGACUCUUCAGAGCAACUGGUGCAAAUAGGUUUUACUACUUGUGCUUGAAUGAUCAACUGGCAUUUGGUGGGGGUCAAAAUUUUGCUUUAUCCAUUGAGGAAGAUCUGUUACGUGGAAGCAGCGGCCCCUGUGAAACAUUCGGAAACUCUUGCUUGGCUCAUAAUUCAGAAUUUGAGCUGAAGAAUGUUGAGUUGUGGGGCUUUGCUCAUUCAUCUUAUUACCUCACGUAGCAUGCUUCCAAAGAAAGUUCCAUCGGGAGCCAUUUGGGUCAUUUUUUUAUGCAUUUUUGGUUUUUUAGAAAACCUUGUUAUAAUUUCUUCACUGUUGUGAAUCUUCUCCCAAGCUCUGUUGUUGAUUAUUAUUGCAUUAAUCGUCAGAGGUAUACGUGAAAAA